AUGGACGAGGAAGAUCCCGGUCUGCAGUUCUUCCCAGACGGCAACGUCGACCUCUACGGCACGCUCGGCGUAACCAAAGAAGCAACGCAGGAAGAGAUCAAGAAGGCAUACAAGAAACUCGCUCUCAAGUUCCACCCAGACAAAGUCCUCUCGAAUACCACCUCGGGCGGCGGCGAGGAUGCCAUUCAGCAAUUUCAAAGGAUCGGCUUUGCCUACGCCGUGCUCUCCGACGAAGUUCGCCGACGCAAAUUCGACAACACAGGCUCGACGAAGGAGCUGAUGAUCGGCGAGGGUGAUGGCGAUUUCGACUGGAAUGAAUACUUCAAAGAGCUCUGGACGGGCGAGGUAUCGCGGCAGACGCUCGACGAGUUCAAGAAGAAGUAUCAGAACUCUGCCGAGGAGAAGGAGGACAUCCUCGAAGCGUACAACGAGACCGAGGGAGACUUCGCUGGCAUCUUCGAACAUGUACCCUGCAGCGAGUUCCUCGCAGACGAAACCAGAUUCAUCAAAAUCAUCGACGAGGCGAUCAAGGCAGGGGACAUCAAGGCGACCGCCACCUGGAAGCGCACGAAGAAGGACGAAGCGGGGCGAAAGGCGUUGCGUCAAAAAGCGCAGGGCGAGGCGGCGGAAGCGGAGAAGCUGGCAAAGGAGCUGGGUGUCUGGGACGACCUCUUUGGCUCCGGCAAAGGCAAGGGCAAGCCUGCUCGCGGAUCCAAGGCGACAUCAGACGCCAAUGGCGCCAAGAGCAGCAAAGGCGCCAAGUCGAAAGCCAAAGUAGAUGAUGGCGACGACGACCUCUCAGGACUGGCAGCUCUGAUUCAGCGCAAGAACCAAAACCGCGUCUCGCAGUUUGACGACAUGAUCGCCAAACUCGAAGCCAAAGCAGGCGUCAAGGAGAAGCGGCCCAGCGACGAAGAGUUUGACCGCAUUCAGGCCGAGAUGAUGGCGAGGAAGAAUGGAGGCAAGGAGAACCGGGGUGGUGACAAGAAGCGCGCUUCUGCUGGGUCUUCUGCAGGGGCGGGAUCGUCCAAGAAGAAGAGCAAGAAGUGA